AUGCAGUCAGGCGACACUGUGGACGUGCAGGUUGUUCGUGAUUCGGUCAUGAACUUCCUGCUGGCGGGUCAUGACACAACCAGCUUCAGCUUGUCUUGGGUGGUUAUUAACCUGAACCGCUACCCUGACGUGCUGGCCAAGCUACGCACCGAAUUCAGAGAAAGGUUGCCUGGGCUGAUGACCGGCGAGAUCGACGUCACAACGUACGAGGACUUGCAGAACCUGCCUUACCUUGAGGCGGUCGUGAAGGAGAGCCUCCGGCUGUACGUGACGGCGGUAAACCGCGUGGCAAACCAGUCGACGACGCUCAGCGACGGCACGUUCGUGCCUCUUGGCUGUGGCAUUAUGGUAGCAUUGUACGCCGCCGCUCGAAUGAAGAACGUGUGGGGUGAAGACGCCGACGAGUACAAACCCGAGCGAUGGAUCGACCCCAAGACGGGGAAAGUCAAGAACGUAUCUUCGUUCAAGUUCAUCAGCUUCAUCGCGGGGCCUCGUCAAUGCAUCGGCAUGCGUUUUGCCCUGCUGCAAAUGCGGGUCGCCAUCGCUGGGAUGUUCAGUCGCUUCGACUUGAAGACUGUGGAGGACCCGUUCAAGCUCACGUACGACAUCGCAUUCACGCUGCCGGUGAAAGGGCCUCUCAACGUUUCCGUGCAUGAACUUGCGUGA